AUGGCGGCGGCGUUGGUGGUGGUGUUGGGGAGGGGGAGGGGACGUCGGGGUGGGGGGAAGGGGAAGGGGAGGCGGGGGCGGGGAGGGGGAGGUUGUGGUGGUGCUGUUGGUGGUGGUCAUGGUGCUGGUGGUGGUGUUGGUGGAGGUUGUGGCGGUGGUGUUAGUGUUGGUGGUGGUGGUGGUGGAGGAGAUUUUGCCAACCCUCGUGGAUUAGAUGCUAUCGACCUCAAUGAUGAUGAUAUUAAAGAUCGGGGACAAGAUAUUGGUACCGAUCAAAAGGGGGAAAUAUUUUGGGGUCGAAUUCACAGCUACUGUGUAGAAUUUUGCUCCAACAUGACAAGAGGCGUAGUUGCAUGUAAGAAACGAUGGUAUAAGAUCAACAAGGCUGUUGCACAAUUUGCUGGUUGCUACGAUCAAGCUAGUCAAAACAUAAGGAGUGGUUCGAAUGCUGAUGACAUAAAGGAGUUGGCCUAUAAACUUUAUUCCAGAAAUUAUGGUCGAAAAUUCAAUUUUGAGAGACAUUGGAACAUGCUUCGUUUGGAGCAAAAAUGGAGAAGCCAACUACCUACACAGAGUGGCGGCUCAAAGAGAACCAAGGUUAGUGCAACUGGAGCAUACUCAUCCUCAUCAAACCCAGAAACACCGUUGGCUGACGAACCCAGUGUGGACUCUCCCAUUCGCCCACAAAGAUCAAAGAAGAGCAAGUAA